GGAGAGUGAAGGUAUUUUGACAUAGCACUUCCGGAGCGCUGUGUUCCGGCGGUGGCCCCGUCCCGGCCCGUCCGCGCCCCGGAGGGUUGAGUGUCUACACAAGGGGCAGCCAUGGACAAAGGAGGCAACAUUCAGCUGGAGAUCCCAGAGUUCAGCAACUCUGUCCUGAGUCACCUCAACCAGCUGCGGAUGCAAGGCCGCCUGUGCGACAUUGUGGUCAAUGUGCAGGGCCAGUCCUUUCGGGCACACAAAGUGGUGCUAGCUGCAAGUUCACCCUAUUUUCGAGAUCACAUGUCCCUGAACGAGAUGAACGCCGUGUCUUUAUCGGUUAUCAAGAACCCGGGGGUCUUCGAGCAGCUUCUCACCUUCUGCUACACAGGGCGUAUUUGCCUGCAGCUCGCCGACAUCAUAAGCUAUCUGACCGCCGCCAGCUUCUUGCAAAUGCAGCACGUCAUCGAUAAGUGCACACAGAUCCUCGAAGGCAUCCACUUAAAGAUCAGUUCCCCCGAAUCGGAGGAAGAACUAAGUCAAACCAGGCCCAAACAUCAAGAGAGGGCGCAGGAUUCACACCGCGUCACCCAGAGUUUGACUCGAUCCUUGAGUCCACGGCACAGCACUCCAAGGACCUCAGGGAACCGGAGGGGCCAGGUAAGCACUGUACUAGACAUUAGAGAGCUGAGCCCAGCUGAGGAGUCCACAAGUCCUCAGAUGGUGGAGCAAGGAUCAGAUGUGGAGAGCAGGGAGCCCAUUCUUCGAAUUAACCGAGCAGGACAAUGGUAUGUGGAAACAGGGUCGGCGGACCGAGGAGAGCGGAGUGACGACGAUGUCAGGGUGAUGGGGGCCCUGCGUAUCAAGACGGAGAAUUUGGAUGAGUGGUUGGGUCCAGAAAACCAGCCGUCGGGUGAGGACGGAAGCAGUGCAGAGGAAGUGACUGCAAUGGUCAUCGAUACAACAGGGCACAGUGCUGCCGGACAGGAGAGCUUCAGUUUGGCGUCCUCUGGUUCCAAAGUAUCCAGGCCAACCAGCAGCGAAAUAGACAGAUUCAGCCCAUCUGGCAGUGUGGGCGCCAUGCCAGAGAGGCACAGAGCAAAGAGUGAGUCUCCUCGGCGGUUGGAGGAACCAAAGCAGCACAGCUCCCAGGGGGAAGAAACAGGAGUUAUUGGGGUUAGCGGUUACGUAGAAUAUCUCCGUGAGCAGGAGGUGUCAGAGCGAUGGUUCCGCUAUAACCCAAGACUAACCUGCAUCUACUGCGCCAAAUCUUUCAACCAGAAGGGCAGCCUAGACCGGCACAUGCGGCUCCACAUGGGAAUCACUCCCUUCGUGUGUCGGAUGUGUGGGAAGAAGUACACCCGCAAGGAUCAGCUGGAGUACCAUAUCCGUAAACAUACAGGCAAUAAGCCCUUCCACUGCCACGUGUGUGGGAAAAGUUUCCCUUUCCAGGCCAUCCUCAAUCAGCACUUUCGGAAGAACCACCCUGGUUGUAUUCCUCUCGAGGGUCCUCACAGCAUUUCUCCCGAGACCACCACUGUUGUUACCUCGCGAGGCCCAGCUGGCGAAGAUUCACCUCCUCACGAGGAAGUCGGCGGAGUAGGACCCUCGGCAACAGCUGACGUGACGUACGGCGGGGAGACGGCUCACGGUUCAGUGUCCACCACCGGGCCAGACUAAAACACAAGAGAAUAUAUAUUACAGGAGGACACAAAGAGACUAAUAUCCUCCCCUUUUACCUCAACAGAUUUUAACGACGUUUUCCUUCCCUUCUGCUCCUCUCCAAGUGGAGGUUGGGCCCUCAGAAUGCCGACUCAGAGCAAUCAUGGAAUGAUGGGAAGUUUGAGAAGUUUAUUGCCAAAAUCCAGAAAAGUAACCACGUGUUAGCUUCCGAUGUUCAUCUUUUCUCUUGACUACAGAGAGCG